AUGCACGCCCAAUCAAUUCUCCUCUUCGCCACUUCCGCCCUCGCAGCCACAGUAAUCAAAGCCCGCCAACCCGCGCCCCCAGCAGAAUACACCGUCACCUUCACCUCCGACAACGACGGUUCCCAAACCCUCCCUUCCUCUGGCGGCGUCGUUACCCAAUACUUCUACGAAGGCGAUUGGGGAAACCAGAUCAGGUCGUUUGGUGGCCCGAAUCAGUUUGUGGACAGUGUGACAUUUGAGACGGCGGAUGGGAAGCAGGCUAGGAGCUUGAUUUGUGUGUUUGUCUAA